GGGGCGGCCGGCGUGCUCCAGCAUCAUGGCUGCGAGCGGCGGAGUCCGCGCCUCCCGUCCUCUGCUCCUCAUCCUCCUCCUUCUUCUCCUGGGAGGCUGUGGGGCUAUUUUACCCCCGGAACCUCCACCCCCGAGUCCCGAACCUCAACCUCAAGCCGAAUCGGCUCUGCAAAAACCCAGCGUGUUACUCGCCAUCAUCGCCCGGAACGCGGUCCACACGCUGCCCCAUUUCUUAGGCUGUGUGGAGAGGCUGCGCUACCCCAAGGACAGGAUCGCCCUCUGGGUAGCCACUGACCACAGUGUUGAUAAUACCACAGCAGUCCUCAGAGAGUGGCUGAAGAAUGUGCAGCACCUCUACCAUGAUGUGGAGUGGAGGCCAUUGGAAGACCCCCAGUCUUACCCAGAAGAAAUUGGGCCAAAGCAUUGGCCAAAGUCCCGCUUCACUCAUAUAAUGAAACUCCGACAGGCUGCCCUAAAUGCUGCAAGAGAGAAGUGGGCAGACUACAUCCUGUUUAUUGAUGCAGACAAUUUACUGACCAACCCCCAAACCCUGAACUUGCUGAUAGCAGAAAACAAGACCUUGGUGGCACCAAUGCUUGAGUCUCGCUCUCUCUACUCUAACUUCUGGUGUGGCAUCACUCCUCAGGGCUAUUAUAAAAGGACCUUGGAUUAUCCCCUGAUUCGGGAGUGGAAGAGGACAGGCUGCUUUGCUGUCCCAAUGAUUCAUUCCACAUUCCUCAUUGACCUGAGGAAAGAGGCCUCCAACAAGCUGAUGUUCUACCCACCCCACCAGGACUACACUUGGAGCUUUGAUGAUAUCAUGGUCUUUGCCUUCUCCAGUCGCCAGGCAGGAGUACAGAUGUUCAUCUGCAACCGGGAGCACUAUGGGUUCCUUCCCAUGCCCCUGAAAUCUCACCAGACCCUGCAGGAGGAAACUGAGAACUUUGUGCACACACUCAUCGAGGCCAUGAUUGAUCGUCCUCCCAUUGAACCCUCACAGUAUGUCUCAGUUCCUCCAAAGAACCCUGACAAGAUGGGAUUUGAUGAAAUUUUCAUGAUCAAUCUGAAGCGUAGGAAAGACAGGAGGGAUCGGAUGCUGCGGACUCUCUACGAGCAGGAGAUUGCAGUCAAGGUAGUGGAGGCUGUGGAUGGAAAGUGAGUUUCAGCUGGGGUUUUAAAAGGAGUCAGCAUUGAUAUGCUCCCAGGUUACCAGGACCCAUACUCCUCCAGGACCACUCACACCGGGGGAGAGAUUGGCUGCUUCCUCAGCCAUAUUACAUCUGGGAAGAGGGUGGUGAACAGAGAGCUGGAGAAGACCCUUGAUAGAGGACACGUGCGCUUCGACACCAGUUCAAAAGGAAAGCUCCUGAAGCUGAUGGCUGACAUUGAACAAGCCCAGCUGGACUGGGAGCUUAUCUACAUUGGCCGGAAAAGGAUGCAGGUGCAGGAGCCUGAGAAAGCAGUUCCCAAUGUCAUGAACCUGGUGGAAGCUGACUACUCCUACUGGACCUUGGGUUAUGCAAUCUCUUUACAAGGGGCUAAGAAACUCAUCAGAGCAGAGCCUUUCAGCAAGAUGCUGCCUGUAGAUGAAUUUCUGCCAGUCAUGUACAACAAGCACCCUGUAGCAAAGUACAUGGAGUACUAUGAGUCCAGAGACUUGAAAGCCUUUUCAGCAGAACCCCUCCUUGUUUACCCCACCCACUACACUGGGCAGCCAGGCUACCUCAGUGACACAGAGACCUCAACCAUCUGGGACAAUGAGACAGUGUCAACAGACUGGGACAGAAGACACUCCUGGAAAUCCCAGAAGCAGGAGAAGAUCCACAGCGAUGCCCAGAGCAAGGAUGCCCUGCCUUCCCAGUCAUCUCUCAACACCCCAUCCUCCAGGAUGAGCUAUGACUGCUUCUGCUUCUGCUGAGGACUCUCCUGGCAGCUGAACCUGCCUCACACUUUAGCUUUUCACCCUUGGAAGUUGUAGAGCAGCUCUUCAUGUGGUCUUCCUCCCAUAGCUUGGAAUGGCAA